AUGGCAUCUGUACGACAGCUGGGUUGCGCCCAGCUUCGUGCUUCACGCGACAACACGAAACGCGACGAUAUACCUUCGUUACAACCCCCUCUACCACGUCCGCGACCGCGCCGGCGCCCUGCCAACGACCGCUCCGCCCUCGUCUUCCUCCUCCUCGUCAUCUCAUUCACGGCGCUGGUGCCGCUGGCCCAGGCAGUCUUCGUUGAUUUCAGCAAUUGCUUGGAUCCCAACUAUCGCGACUCCAACAACCCGAAACGCCUCCAGUUUACCCCACUGCAUGUGUGGGCUUCGUUUAAUACGACUGCGCCGAGCCAUCAUCUCAACAUCACUGUUUGGGGCAAUGUUUCCGGCCAGGCUGUUCAGGGCUCAUAUCCUCCGCCUGAUGAUUCAAGCUGGAGUGAUGUCAACAGCAACUUCGGGAAAAUCGUCAACUUGGACAAGGACAACAAUAAGCUUUCAACCCUGUUCUCGAACUACAAGGUACUGACUUAUACGGCGCACAACGACCCGCCAAGGGAAUUCUGUCCCUCUGUUGUCAACCAGCAGUGCCCUCUAGGACCAGCAUUCAAUGCCAGCCCGACUGAUCUGGAAGACCUGUGGAAGUUACCGGCUUUCCAGGUGGGGCAUGACUUUCACAGUACCUAUUCAUUCGCGACUCUGGAAUCCACGAUGCGAAUAGUAUCUGGAUCACGCUUAGCGGAAACCUUGGGGUGUGUGUCCACAAAUAUUACGCCCGACCUCGGGCCCAAUCUGUCCAAUGCAUUGCGCUACCUCCCUGCUGCGGUGUUGGCUCUUGUUGCCUUUGCAACCAUUUUUGCAGCGACAUGCAGUCCUUGGGGCACCUGGGAUGUCUUUCGAUGGUCCAGCAAUUACGGGAGAGAUGAGGAUCUGCUCAGGCUUGUCACGCCCGGGUUCGGUGACUGCCUACAGUACAUCCAAUUCAUUGUAUUGGCAGGUAGCUUGAACCUGCAGUACCCUGGUUUCUAUCAACCAGUCGUGAGUCAAGCCAGUUGGUCGGUCCUGCUCUUCAAUGAGAGUCUUGUCAGCCACGGAAACGGCACACAGAGUCUGGUGGACGGCAUUUAUGUCGCAAACGGGACUUACGGCCUCACUCGACUAGGCCAAUACGUCGGUAUGUCGGAGGAGCAAGACAUCUGGGCUGGAAUGGCGGUGUGGCUCCUUGGGGUCAUCGCCAUCGCAACGCUUCUGGUUCAGAUUGGCUUCUUCGGUCAGUGGCUCUACCAUGUCUUUUCCGACAAGUCAGGGGAUCGCGUGCGCGGGAAGAAUUGGGCCUUCAGUGCCGGAAACGUCGUCCGGAUUGUCUUCAACUUCUUCAUGUUGCCGAUCAUAUCGCUCUCUCUGUUCCAGUUGGUGGUGGCUGCACGAUCCCCUGCUUCCGUCGUUGCUACAGCCGUCGUCCUUCUAGUUGCCGUGAUGGGAAUCGCCGCCUGGAUCUUCUGGUUCAUAUUCACGACACGACCCCGAGCACAUCUGUUCGAUGACCUCCCAACUGUGCUCACCUACGGCCCGCUAUACAACACUUAUUCUGACGACGCAGCUCCUUUCGCCUUCAUACCCGUCCUGCUGACUGUGAUUCGCGGUGUGGCUAUCGGUGCGAUUCAGCCAUCUGGGAUUGCCCAGAUCAUAGUUCUCGCUAUCUGCGAAGUAAUCUUAAUCCUGACCGUCCAUGCCUUUCGGCCAUUCCAGUCGAACACGUCCAUGAACGCUUACCACACAUUCUUCUCCGUAGUGCGACUGACGAGCACGCUCCUCCUCAUCGCUUUUGUCCCGAGCUUGGGAGUGACGGAGUCUCGGAAGGGAUGGUUCGGUUACGUCAUUCUCUUGAUGCACGCCAUCGUGCUGGUCUUUGGUUUCUUUCUGAAUGCUCUCCAGACGAUAAUCGAGGUCACUGCUCGUCUCUGCGGCGCUGGGGAUGAAAGAGGGGGGCUCACGAAAGUGUUUGGCAAACGACAGCUGUCUCGAAGAAAUCGACGCCGUCGGCAGCGCAGCAGUCUCAAUUCGGAUGCGGCUAUGCUAGGGCAAGAUGCGGACAAGCAGACGAUUCAACUCAUGAGCGGGCGAACUCGGAGCAUGUCUGGAAGCUCCGGAGUACUGCUUGGGCAGCCCCAUGGAGGUGCGGGCAGCCAAAGAGCCAGCGUGGGAUACGAUCAGUACAGCCAAGGAGGGGAUGUUAGCUAUAGUGCGACGACUCCUGGCACGCCAGCCACCGCAACACCUUGGAGCCAACUCGGAGGCGGUUCGGGACCAAGUUCGCGACGUCCUACUAUGGGUGGGGUGGAGGCCGGAGAAUUUUAUCGGGCCCCUAGGCCACGGAAGCACACCCUAGACUCCAUGAAUCCAGUCACGAUUGCUGCACGAGAUGGCAGUACGGAUCUUGACAACACUCCGUAUGCUGACAAUAUCGAACAAGCUGAGACGGGAGAUGGUGGCGAGGGUCCUUCGUCAUGGUCUCCGAGCCGCAGCUCGAUAACACCAGCUUAUCUGCGCAUGCAGAAGGACGAGUCCGAUCCCGCGCUAGCAGAAAGGCGAAAGAAUACGGAUUAUUCAGUACGGGAGUCUGAUUUCUAUUAUGGCCUCGGCGGAUUACGGGGUCCGGCGCUCUCUGACCAGCCGACUCGAAAACUCAAAACAGGACCAGCGGAUCCUACAAGCCCUGUAUCGUCCGCAGCUGGAUGGUUGAAAAGUCUCCAUCUGUUUGGAGGCAAAAAGAAAGAAAAAGGUAAAGGCUUCGAGGUGGUUAGAGGCACCCGCAUGCCCCCUCAGAUGAUGAUGCCUCUAGAUGAGGAAGAAGACGAGGCGCAUGCCAUGCCUCAAGAGCCAUACCGCGACCACCCUGGAAGUCCUCAACAGCGGGGCGAUCGCGAGGGUGUACUGGCUGGUCGCCGGAUGUCAGAUGAUAGCCACCCAAUCGGCGAGGAGUCUCCAGGCCAUCGCAACAACAGAAUCUCUGAUGUGGCCCCUUCGCUAGGCCCAAUAGACACUGGAAGGGGGAUCGAGCUUCCCAGCCGAAUCGGUUCGCGGGCUUCAAGAAGUCAUGCACCGGUGCCGGAACGGGCUCCUACGCUGCCACGGAAGAGCUCGCGACGCACGCGGUCCACUGAAGCGGCGGUUCUGGAGCGCAGUUCGAGGCUGUCAGCUGUAGUCGAUACGUCGGGCCCUGACCAGCUCCUGCAUCCGAAUCAAGGAGCAAUGCCUCUGCGGCUUCCGUUCGGGUCGACGGAGCCAUCUCCCUCUCCGGAACGCACGCCCGGUUCCAGCCUCUACCAUGACGGUCGGAUCAGUCCCGGUGAUGACCUUGAACCGCCUCCAGGAGUGCCGGGCAGCGGUGAGCGGCCAUUGAGCACGGGAUAUGUCCAGCAGCACGUCGCAAGUGACAGCAUCCAGAACGACCAGGCCAGGACACACCUCGAAACCUCAGCAGAAUUCGUUGACCGUAGCCGGAGCAUAAGCACUCAUCGUAGUGGGACAUCGAAUCGGACACGAUGA